AUGAGCACCCCAAUCGUGGUCCUCUUCGGCUACGAGAGCUCGACAUUCACAAUCAAAGUCCGCCACGUACUCCGACUGAAGCAGAUUCCAUACACAUUCAUCACAGUCCCCAGCAUGAUGCCACGACCUCCUCUAAAAGACAACUUCCACCUGACGUACCGCAAAAUUCCCGUCCUCGCCAUUGGAAGUGAGCUCUACUGCGAUACAUCCUUGAUCUGCGAAGCGCUGGAACACUUCUUCCCCAAAUCCGAAGGCUACAACAGUUUAUACCCUUCCGCUGCCGACGGGAGGAAUUAUCGUCCUAUAAUUCGUGGUUUCGCUUCUUACUGGACUGAUCGACCGCUCUUUCGUGUGACGACAGGGUUGAUGCCCGCGAGCAUCUGGCGGAGUUCCUUCGGUACUGAUCGAGCACAAUUGAUCGGGCAUAAACUUGACCCAGACAAACUUGAGAAGAAGCUGCCGGAAAAUCUGCUCAGAUUAGAUAUGCAGUUGAGUAUGCUUGAGCCACUUUUUGCAGAGACCGAGGGCCCGUGGAUUUUCUCGACAUCUUCGCCGUCUAUGGCUGAUAUCUCGGUUUACUAUCAGCUACUGUGGGGAAGUGAGAUUUCUGCUGGACGACUCGUGUCGAAUUUGACGGCGGGAGGUGCCAGCGAUACGGAGCUAGAAGGUACAAGGCCUGUUUUCAAUGCACAGAGAUAUCCGGGAGUCUGGGCUUGGUAUCGUCGAGUUCAAACGUUCUUUGAUGAAUUGCCGCCAGUGGAGGACAAGAACACAUCGUUUGAGAAGGUUGUGGAGCAAAUGAAGAAAGCCCCUAAGCUGGGGAAGAAGUCGCUUUUACUGCCAACGCCAAAGUCAACACAUUCUGAAUUGGACAGUAAGACGGGUUUGAAGGAGGGUAGUCUGGUGUCUGUGGCUCCGGAUGAUACUGGGAGAGACGAUCCUACUGUUGGUACGCUCGUGGCGAUUUCGCCAGAAGAGAUUGUCAUUAAACCGCAACCACUUGAGACUCCAGCGACAGUCGAGACACGCAUUCAUUUCCCAAGACUGGGAUUUGUCGUUCGGCCUGUCAACCAAUCGAACCUUUGA